AUGGCUUCUCUGCAAGCCCACCGCCCCGACGCGGAUGGCGACGACGGUCAGCCAGAGUCGUCAUCGCGAGCGUCGCUCUCUUCCGCUUCCACAACCAGCCUUGUAUUCGACCGCUUACAAGAAGAGGUGGAGAAAAAGCCCUCCGACCGGAAGACGAGCCACCGCGACACCGAAAUUAAAUUCAGCCCCUUUCGCGACGAUGAUGAGGACCAAAAUAAUGACCUGGAGAGCGGCCCCUUCCUGCCUCAGUCCGGCGCCGGCGCCGGUAUCGGCAAACAAAUACCCAUGGACCGCAACUUGAAGCGUGUGCUCUUCAUCACAUUUGCUGUUCUCAUCGCAUUCUGGGGCCUUGGCCUUGGCCUCUUUCUCUUCACUGGCGGCCAUACACAUGCCAGCGAUACCGAACACGACCCCGAUGCCGACACGCGAGGCUCUGGCAAGCCCGUCACCCUCGACCAGGUCCAGUCUGGAUUUUGGGCCCCAAGCUACCAGUCCAUCAGCUGGAUUGCGAGCCCGGAUGGCCAAGACGGUCUGCUUCUCGAGCAAGGCACCAGUGAUCAAGGCUUCUUGGUUGUCGAAGAUGUUCGCAACAGCCAAGACACACCCGAUGCUGCGGCAGAUGCUGUCAGUACCAAAAUCCUCAUGAAGUCAUCUUCCUUUACGCAUGACGGCCGGCAGCAUCAUCCCACUACCCUCAUGCCGAGCCCAGAUCUAAAAAGCGUCCUGCUUGUUGUCUACAAGGAAAAGAAUUGGCGACAUUCAUACACUGCCGUGUACUACAUCUUGGAUGUGGAAACUCAGGCUGUAGAGCCGUUGAUCCCUUUUGAAGAUGACGUUCGCAUUCAGCUCGCCACCUGGAGCCCCCAGAGCGAUGCAAUUGCCUUUACCCGUGAUAACAACAUGUACAUUCGUCACAUCAAAGGCAGUAAACAGAUUGUUCAAAUUACCAAAGACGGCGGUCCUGAAUACUUUUACGGUAUCCCGGACUGGGUAUAUGAAGAGGAGGUCUUUAGCGGAAACAGCGCAACUUGGUGGUCUGCCAAUGGCAAGUAUCUCGCCUUUUUACGCACCAACGAGACUGGUGUGCCUGAAUACCCCAUCGAGUACUUCAAGUCACGGCCCAGCGGCAAAGCGCCUAUCAAAGGCGAAGAGUCGUAUCCUGAUGUUGUCAACAUCAAGUACCCCAAAGCUGGCUCGCACAACCCGUUUGUUGACCUCCUCUUAUUCGAUGUCGAUGCUGGCGAGGUCUUUUCUGCAGAGACCGAGGGCGAGUUUCCUCCAGAUGACCGCAUUAUUAACAACGUUCUCUGGGCUGGUGACAAGCUCCUAGUAAAGGAGACCAACCGAGUCAGCGAUUUCCUCAAGGUCCUGCUCAUCGACGUCGCCAAUCGCAAGGGCAAGGUAGUCAACUCGGUCAAUGUCAAGGACAUUGACGGUGGCUGGUUUGAGAUUUCACACACCAUGACGUAUAUCCCUGCCGAUUGGUCCAAGGGCCGCAGAUACGACGGCUACAUUGACGGCAUCAUUCACGAGGGCUACGAGCACAUUGGCUACUUUACCCCUCUCAACAACAGCGAGCCUGUCCUCCUUACCUCGGGCCAGUGGGAGGUCGAGAACGCGCCUUCGGCUGUCGAUCUGGCAAACAACCUCGUGUACUUUGCCGGUACCAAGGAAUCCUCCAUCCAGCGCCACGUCUACUCGGUCAAGCUUGACGGAUCCGAACUCAAGCCGUUUACCGACGUCUCUGAAGAAGCCUAUUACAGCGUAAGCUUCUCCUCUGGCGCCGGCUACGCGCUGCUCUCCAAUCGCGGCCCCAAGGUUCCCACGCAAAAGAUUGUCGCCACGCCCUCCAACGCGGCCUCGUACAGCCGCGUCCUCGAGGCUAAUGCCGAACUGGCUGACCGCGCCCGCAAGCAUGAGCUACCCGUCCUCAAGUACGGCACCAUCGAUAUCUCCGUCAACGUAUCGCUCAAUUACGUUGAGCGCCGCCCGCCGCACUUUAACCCGAAAAAACAGUACCCCGUGCUCUUCCAGCAGUACUCGGGCCCCAACUCCCAAACCGUCACCAAGCGCUUCGCCGUCGAUUUCCAGUCCUACGUCGCCUCCAGCCUGGGCUACGUCGUCGUCACCGUGGACCCCCGCGGCACCGGAUUCAAGGGCCGCGCGCACCGCGUCGUCGUCCGCGACCAGCUCGGCGUCAUCGAGGCUCAGGACCACAUUGCCACCGCUCGCCACUUUGCCGCCCGCGACUACGUCGACGCCGACCGUCUCGCCCUCUGGGGCUGGUCCUACGGCGGCUUUCAGACGCUCAAGACGCUCGAGGCCGACGCCGGCCGCACUUUUGCCUAUGGCAUGGCCGUCGCACCCGUCACCGACUGGCGCUUCUACGACUCCAUCUACACGGAGCGCUACAUGCGCACCCCGCAGCAAAACCCCGACGGCUACGACGCGUCCCGCAUCGCCAACGCCUCUGCCCUCGGCCAGGCUACGCGCUUUCUCAUCAUGCACGGCUCCGCCGACGACAAUGUGCAUUUCCAAAAUUCCCUCACUUUGCUAGACGACCUCGACGUCGCAGGCGUUGAAAAUUACGACGUCCACGUCUUUCCCGACAGCAACCACGGCAUAUAUUUCCAUAAUGCCAACAAGAUUGUGUAUGACAAACUCAAUAAUUGGCUCAUCAAUGCCUUCAAUGGCGAAUGGCUCAAGAUUGCCAACCCCAAGCCAAAUCCCAUCAAGCGCUCUCUGCAAAGAUUGGCCGAGUAA